GACCGAGAACAGUUCUUUAGAACAGUUCAUAACACACUCCAUGCAAUCGAAUACCGUUCAUGCAAUGAACCCAAACGUUUCGCUUCACAGAAAGGCAACACAGUGUUUAUACCCAAACAACCUAGCCAAGGUCGUUCAAUAAAUUUAUUUAUUUGUGGGCAUCUAUGCCGCGUUUUCGUUAAAGUUAAAGUAUUUUCGGGUCGACAAUUCGAUCAGUGAGUGCGAUUUGUGUUUAAAAUGGACAUUUUUAGUGAUAUUUGCAGAUUUAUAAACAGAUUUUUGAUGUGAUGGAAAGUUGGACGAUGUUUUGCCGCUCUCCCCUCUGUACUGACCUGUCUACUCGGCUAUGUUCAUAGAAAAUCACACUUAGUAUGCGCAAGAAUGGUGCCAUAUGGAAUUUUUACAUUUUUAUUUUGUCUAUGUCUUCUGGUAACACUGACCACACCGGUGGAACAUGACUCCAGAUACAUCUCGUUUCAAGAUUUACAACAAUCGCUAAAGCAGUUUUCACAAGAUGAAGUGAUUUCGUACUCGCAAAUGCUAUUUGAUGUGGCAAGGAAUCAAGUGUUAGUGGGAGCUAGAGACGUCUUACUUCGGCUCUCUUUGAGGAACUUGGAGCUCUUAGAAUCAGCAGAAUGGCCUACAUCGAACGAAAAGAGAACCCAAUGCAUAAAUAAAGGCCAGUCGGACGAAUUCUGUCACAACUACAUCAAAAUUCUACUAACUAAUGGCAAAUUGUUGUUUGCUUGUGGCACUAACGCGUUCUCGCCGCAGUGUUCCUAUAGAAAAAUCGAGAAUGUGUCAGACGUGAUCGAAUGGGCCGACGGUUUAGCCAAAUGCCCCUACAAUCCCAACGCCAACAUCACCGGUUUUAUGUCAGAACAAGGAGAGUACUACUUCGGCGGCCCCACAGACUUCUCCAGUUCUGAUUACGUUAUUUCGAAAAACAUAGAAGCCGACACUACCAUACGAACCAAACAGUACAACAGCUUCUGGUUAAACGAUCCGCAAUUCGUCGGGUCGUUUGAAACUGAAAAUUUUGUUUACUUUUUGUUCAGAGAAGCGGCUGUAGAAUAUAUGAACUGCGGCAAGGUUAUUUACUCGAGGAUAGCAAGAGUGUGCAAGAACGAUCCAGGAGGGCACACUAUGUUGAAAGAUAACUGGACCACUUUUCUCAAAGCGCGCCUUAACUGUUCCGUCAGCGGCGAGUAUCCAUUUUACUUCGACGAAAUCCAAAGUAUGUCGUACGUACCUGAUGAAAACGUGGUGUACGCGACGUUUACGACCCCGAGUAACAGCAUAGCGGGUUCUGCGAUUUGUGCGUUUAAUUUGUCCGCUAUUGAAGCGGCUUUCGCUGGACCUUUCAAGUACCGAGAAAAUAUGGAUAGUGCAUGGGGUAAACAUUCCAUGCAACACCGUGAUCAUUUCAACUGCAUGUCGUCCUCGCGGAGUAGUCAUUUAUUGGAGACCUCCAAGUACCAGUUGAUGGAUAGUGCAGUACAAGGUACCACCUUGAAUCCGCUGCACAUCGCGCACCUGGAAAGGUUCACCCAUAUAACCAUAGAUGUUUUACCGACUCGGUUGCACACCAAGGUCCAUGUUAUCUACGCCGCCACCACUCAAGGUCUGGUCAAGAAGAUAUCCGUGAUCCCUCGGACGCAGGAGACUUGUGUGGUCGAAAUCUGGCAGGUAGCACCCGACACGGCCGCCCCCAUCCGUAGCAUCCAAUUCCUCAAAGCCACUAAAUCCGUCUACGUGGCCACCGACCACUCCGUCAUGAAAAUCUCCGCCGACCAUUGCAAUCGCCACACCUCGCGCAAGAGCUGCCUCAACGCCAUGGAUCCCUACUGUGGCUGGAACGACCGCAACGAGUCCUGCUCGACCGCUCCGAAUGGCGACCCUCUCGACAAGUACUGGGACCAAGCUAUCCCUGCGUGUCCUGUGCUUGACGCGCAAAUCGACGGCGGUUGGAGCAGUUGGUCGACAUGGACGGCGUGCGUGCACCGCGCCGCCCCCGACGCGGAGCCCGCGGACAACUGCAUGUGCCAGACCCGCGAAUGCAACAACCCGGCGCCUAAAAACGGCGGGCGUCCGUGCUCGGGUCUGGCCAUCGCCGUGGCUAACUGCACGGUGCACGGGGGCUGGUCGGACUGGUCCGCGUGGUCGGCGUGCUCUGCGACCUGCGGCACGGCGGUCAAAAGCCGCACUCGCACUUGUAGCAACCCGGCCCCCGCGCACGGAGGCCGGGUAUGCGUGGGUCAAGAUUUAGCCACUGCGUUCUGCGACGCGGAGAUUCCCCCAUGCCCGGCGACGCCGCAAGACGGAGGCUGGGGGCCGUGGAGCGACUGGAACGACUGUCCUAGUUCAUGUACCGCGGGCUGCAAAUCCAGGACAAGGAGAUGCGAUAGCCCGGUACCCGAAAACGGGGGGCAGUACUGUGUAGGGAACGACGUCGAGUACGUGCAUGAGUGCGGAGAGCACAAGAAGGUGCUUAACUCGCCAUGGAUUAACACGUCGAACUUGACAGGAGAGUACAGUUGGAGGUUCAGGUUUACUUGCAAGGCUCCUGCUAAGCAAGGUCUUAUGAAAGUGUAUCUGAAAGAGGAAGUGUGCAUCAAUAACAACUGCACUACCUCAAAGGAGAACGAACACCCGCAUUGGGGUCCUUGGGGACCGUGGAAUUCGUGUUCCGUGCCUUGUGGAGGCGGAGUACAACACAGGAGAAGGGAUUGUGAAGGGUUGGGGUGUGGGGGGUCUUCAGAACAAAGUCGGGACUGUAAUAAGCACGACUGCCGGGAGGAAUGGGGAUGUUGGUCUGACUGGUCUCCUUGUAACGUUUCGUGUGGUUGGGGUGUCCGCACCAGACAUCGCGUAUGUCUAGGGUAUAACUGUACUGGUUCCCCGUGGGAAAAAGAAUCGUGCGAAAACCGUGAAUGUUAUUCAACUAGUGGUUGGAGUAAUUGGACCGUGUGGUCUUUAUGUGAUAAAAAUAAUGAGCAGCACCGGAAACGCCAAUGUCGUAAAUCCAAUCCGAAACCAAAUGAGUGUCAAGGUAGCAUUGAGGAGACAAGAAUGUGUAUUCCAGACCAGUUAAAUGAUAUAAACUCCGCCUCGUCCGACUCGCCAAAGUUGGCAUCUCCCGGAGGUGCAGUUCUCUUUUUCUUCGUAGGUGUUAUAGCGGGUGGUGCAGUGGGAGCUGCAGCGAUGCACGUUUAUCACAAAAAGAAGCGCAUUCGGAUUCCGAGUUCGCCUCAUUACAUGAGUCCUAAACAAAACCCGUAUAUAACAAUGCCUUUGCAAGAACGGCCUAAAAAGCAUAAUGCGUCAACGUCGAGCAACAUUUUAAACAACGGAACACUUAAGUCAAAAUACAGUGAUUAUGAACCGUCGACACUUAAACGAAACAGUAACGCGUUGAAUAAUGGACACGUGAAACAGGACUUUCUUGGUGACGAUAAGUUUUAUUAUGACUGACUUUCCUAGUGGAAAUUCCGAUUGUGAUAUAUAUUGUAUCAGAUUGUACCUGCUGUAUAACAUAUGAUUGAGAAUUGUGGUGGAUCAAGAUGGCGUUGGGUAUUUGACAGCUGUCAAAUAAUCAUGACUUUGUGAUAUGAAGUAAAGUGGAAAUGUUAUUUAAUUGUCUAGAUCACUUUUUUGGUCAUAUGUUCAUUAAUUAAGAUAUUAUGGAUAAAUAUAGAAAUGGAUUUCGCCAUAAGAGUUUUGUAAAAUACUAAAAAAUUGUACAUAUCUUUAUAUUAAUGACUCAUAUUG